AUGGGAAUCGAUCGGCUGGAUUCUUACGGCGACGACGUCCUCAUCUACCAUAAGAACAAAACGUCAGGCUGGCCACCCCCUGGACCAGGCUCAUGGGGUGGACUGCAAGGGCCUCCUUACAGCUGGGACAGCAUGAACAGCAGCAGAGAGGGCCGGGACUGCCUCACCAACCAAGUGUCCCAGAGCAGCUCCCUGGAGGAGGUUCACCUGGAUGGGGUCCCCCCCGCCCCUCGCCUGGUGGAGAUGACACGGGACCCUGUCCUGGGCUUUGGCUUCGUGGCAGGCAGUGAGAAACCAGUGGUGGUCCGCUCUGUCACACCAGGUGGUCCAUCAGAGGGGAAGCUGUUGCCGGGCGAUGAGAUCAUCAUGAUCAACGAUGAACCUGUCAGCUCAGCUCCCAGAGAACGAGUCAUCGACCUCGUCAGGAGCUGCAAAGAAUCCAUCAUGUUGACUGUUGUUCAGCCGUAUCCUUCCCCUAAAUCAGCGUUCAUCAGUGCAGCCAAAAAAGCCAUGCUCAAGUCCAAUCCGGUCAAAGUGCGCUUUGCAGAGGAGGUCAUUAUAAACGGCCAGGUUCCAAACCCGGUGAAGGACAAUUCUCUUCUGUUCAUGCCAAAUGUCCUGAAGGUCUACCUGGAGAACGGGCAGACAAAAUCUUUUCGCUUCGACAGCAGUACCUCUAUCAAGGAUGUGAUCCUGACCCUGCAAGAGAAGCUGUCAAUCAAAUGCAUCGAGCACUUCUCCCUCAUGUUGGAGCAGAGGACAGAAGGCUCUGGAAGCAAACUGCAUCUUCUGCAUGAACAGGAGAUGCUUACUCAGGUGACCCAGAGGUCCGGCUCUGACAAGAUGAAGUGUUUCUUUAGAAUCAGCUUCGUGCCCAGGGACCCCGUGGAGCUACUCCGGAGAGACGCUGUGGCAUUUGAAUACCUCUAUGUGCAGAGUUGCAACGAUGUGGUGUUGGAACGAUUCGGCCCGGAGCUGAAAUACGACGCUGCGCUGCGAUUGGCUGCGUUGCAGAUGUACAUCCUCACCAUGACAACCAGACAGAGCCAGAAGGUCUCCCUUAAAUACAUCCAAAAGGAGUGGGGUCUGUCGCUGUUCCUGCCUCCCGCUGUGCUGUCCAGCAUGAAGGAGAAAAACAUCAAGAAGGCUCUGACACACAUCCUCAAAACCAACCAGAACCUCGUGCCUCCAGGGAAAAAACUGACUGCUUUGCAGGCCAAGGUGCAUUACCUGAGGUACCUCAGUGAACUCAGACUGUAUGGAGGGAGGGAGUUCAAAUCAAUACUUUUGCAAGGGGAGAAGCAGACAGAUGUGACGCUGUUAGUGGGUCCACGUUACGGCAUCAGUCAUGUUAUCAACGCCCGCACCAACCUAGUGGCCCUAUUGGCCGACUUCAGCCACGUCAACCGCAUCGAGAUCCUCACUGAGGAUGAGACCAACGUCCGGCUGGAGCUGCAUGUUCUGGAUGUCAGGCCCAUCACUCUGAUCAUGGAGUCGAGUGAUGCGAUGAACCUGGCCUGUCUAACAGCAGGCUACUAUCGCCUCCUAGUGGACUCACGGAGAUCCAUCUUCAGCAUGGCCCACUGCAACAGCACUGGAGGGGAUGAUGCCAGUCAGGAUCGUGUCCUGGAGUGGCCAUACAGCACGUCUUUGGGGGACAAUGAGGAGCCAUCACCCAGACAGGGAGAGGGCUACGACAGGGACUCUGAGUAUUCAGACAAUGGGCAGAGAGAAAACAGUAUCUCUUCUUACUUCCAUGAACCUCAAAACCCCGACAGAGACCUUGGGACACGGAGAAGUCCGUUGCCCCCUCCUCUUCCCCCUGCGACUAGACACAAAUCUCAAGACUCACCUCGGAGUGCCAAAGUGUCAUUUAUUUUUGGGGGAGACCAACCCUUGAACAAAGCUAAGAACUUAGGCUAUGAAAGACUGUUGGAGAGCCCUGAGGUACCUGAGCACAGACCGCCCUACUUUCACAACAACACGGACUUUCGGCCACAGGACAGGGUGCCGUUUCAGUUCAGUGGUCUGACACAUGUCUACAGUAACAUUAUAAGUGAGGAAGGUGGUGAGGAGCCACUGCUAAGGGAUCUGUUUUACCGUGACACAACGGAUGAUGCAGAGGAUGACGACGAUGCUUCCUGCGAAGAAGACUCCACCGGGGGGACGCCAGUGGGUGAUGACAGAGGAGGUGGAGAUGAACACUGUGGUAACCAAGGCGGAGGGUUAGCCAUGGCAGCUGGCAAAGCUACCUUCCUCACCCUUUCUGGUUCUACCGAUGAUAUCAUUGACCUGACGUCACUCCCUCCUCCCGAGGGAGACGAUGGUGUUGACGAAGAUGAAGACGACACACUGCUGCAGACGCUCAACCUUGCAAUUGCAGCUCCGCCGCCAGGUUUUCGGGACAGUUCAGAUGAGGACACAGCACCCGAGGGAAGGCCACUAAGCACACAUGACAAUGACGAUAUCCCAGUGUCAUUAAUUGAUGCCAUUCCCACACAUGGGGAGGGGGAAGGGAGCAGGGGAGGGGAGAGAAAGCUGGAAAACGCGGUCAUGAAUACUCUACAGGCACUGGAGGCUCUGUCUGUCUCUGAACAGCGGCCUCCCCCACCACCACCCAACAGUAACAAUCCAGGUGUUUACACAUCUCGAGGCUUCAGCCCAGAGUCUUCCUCAGAUUCUGGCAAUGAGACCAACUCCUCCGAGAUGACAGAAAUCUCUGAACUGGCUGCUACUCACAGGCUCAGCGAGAGCCACAUGCGUCUUCUGGUGGCCACAAGGGAAGGAUACCAACCUUUACUUGAGGAGAAAACUGAAUUCCCUGUUUCACCCAGUACAGGAGGAACAAUACAGAAGAAACCCCUCAGUCCAACACGGCACCUUCAGCCUCCAGCAGUUCCUCCCAGACGGAGCCCCCUGUUGGACACCGCAUCAUCAGGGCCGGACAGCUUAGAGGUGAGGUCCCAGACCAACCUCUCCUCCACUCUGCAGCGCCCAAGUUCCACCACACCCGGAGGCAAGCAUCACAAAAAGUCUGCAGACUCCAGUGGGAAGUAUAACACCUUCAGCACAAGGGAAGGGCAUCGAGGUGAGAGUGGUGGCAGUCGCAGCCAUCUCGACUUGGAGCAGCGCACUUCUUUCUGUGAGAGACGGGAAAAUCAAGGCAGACAGAAUUCUUUUUUGGCAGAAAAUUCUGUAGGUGAGGGCCUCGGAGUGAACAGUCUCCCCCGUGACCAUCACAGAAUUCCCCGCCCUCCUUCUUCUACCUCUGAUCGCCUGUUAGAUGUUGUAAACUUGGGGGACUGUGGUGCAGAGAAUGGAGCUGCGACUGUUGAGCAAGAUGAGCAUCUGGUUGUAGCGUCAUUGCUGUCUCCAGCUAAAAAAUCCAGAUCAGGGGGGUCGGACCAGGGAUCAGACAUACAAAGCGACCAUCAGCCGAUUUCUAGACAGCAGAGUGUAGCGCGGUUGUGUGAGUACCAUCUCGCAAAAAGGAUUUCAAGUUUGCAGGGAGAAGCCCACAGUUCACUGCAGGGUUCUCUGUGCUCAUCGCUGGACGCUGGUGGCAGCACGAACAGCAGUGCCUGUGCCACCCCAACCGACUCACCACUUGGCCCUGGUGCGGUUGAAUCAAAACACCACCAUUUGCAAAGGCACCCACUUUCCAGUUCCUCUUCCUCAUUACUCAGGGUGCUAAACUAUGACGAUAACAAACCUGGAAUCCCUCACAGCAUCCCUGGCCAGGGCACUCAGGGAAAAGACCUCCACCCUCAUGCAGACCCUGCCCUCCUUCGGAAAAUGCUACCCAACAUUCACCCUCCUGCUACGGGGGCUGAACCAGGGCGCCCCUCCUCAGCCACACCGUCAAAGCAUAAAGAGAGCACAGGUACUGGAACCAAGAAGCCCCACAAUGAUCUGCAUGCCAAACAACAGGCCUGUUUUAAGGGGCUGAACCAGAAGGAAGGCAGUGAGGCCUACAGACAGCUGAUAAACUAUCUAACAGUCAGCCAGAUGCAUCAGGGAGGGAAGCUGCACAGUGCAGGCAUGGGAGGGGCAGUGAAAAAGGACACCAGGCGCUUUAUCACUAGCAACCCUCAGCUUGUUGAAAUGGUUAAGAAUAGAGGGAACACGAUUGCUCGCUGCCCAUGUAUGCCUUCCUCCAUAUCAUCCCCAUUUCUCAGCCCAAAUUUAGUAACUUCUAAUGCAGCAGCCAUGCAGCUGGCAAAUAAAAAUCCACGCUCAUACCAUUCGGCCACGCUUCCUGCAAAGCUCAAGAGAAGUCCUGACAUGCACGCUCACAGACCGAAUGACAGUCUAGAUUUUAGGCCAGCUGCUGCCGAGAGGCGAAGCUCCUUCUCUGGCCUGGAAAGUGAGCUAGAGAGGAGUGGUAUGGACUCAGAGCACUUCCUGCCACUGUAUAAGACUGAGGGCAGUAUCAGCCGUGAUGGGGGAUUCAUCACAGGUGGAAACCGCGAUGGCAUGGGUACCACUAACCGCCCCCCACCUCGGUCAAGGAGCCAACCGAGUGGCAGCACAGAGGACUGGUUAAAAUCAGACCUGAGGGCAAAGCACGUGGUUCGUCAGUCUUCUCAUCCUCAUCCUAAUGACUCUCUGUCUUUCUCUGCUGCCCCCAGUGUAAGUGCUCAACGAGCAGACCUCAACACCAUUUCAUUAGGGAGGGGAGACCACCCAUCAGCUUUUAUCAGGCAGGCAUCUACUGGCAGAGCUUGCAUUACAUCUCCCACUCCCAACCCACAAUCUCCACCUCCUCCACCACCACCCCCACCUCCUCCUCUUCCUUUGUCCCUACCUGUGCAAGCCAACACUAGCUCCAGCAACUCAGGAUUCACACAGGAUUCCAUCCAUUCGAUCCAGUCCCGGCAGAAUCAGAACCACAUUCAGGCUAUUACCCCACAGACAAAUCCCUUCGGCAAUAACCUGCAAAGGGGCCGGGAGCUCAAACGCAGCUCCAGCAAUGUGACUGCCAGUUCUGGCAGUGUGGAAGUUCUGUUUGAUAAGCCCACUCGGAGCCGGAGCCAGCAGCCCUUGUUGCCGUCUGUGCCCCAGCAAGGUGAGACCAAAGUCCAGCGAAGGCCAACAAGGAAGCGGCUGUCCAAGAGCUAUUCCCAAGGCUCUGUAUCUUCCCACACCACAUGCUGGUCCACAGGCAGUAGGGUAGACAGUAGAAGGGCAUCUGUGGCAUUUCCACUGCAGAAAGAUGCUAAACACAUGAAGGGCUCUCAAAAACUGGACACCAGUCCCUGGAGAUGCAAUGGGCCUUUUAGCUAUUGUUUCUUUAAACGUAAGAGUGAGGGUGAAGACGAUGAGAUUGAGUGGGAGAGGCCCAGGCGAAGCCGUGGUGGGAAUGAUAUUGAUAACAAUGGUGCCUCUGCAUCAGCCAUAUUGCCCUGUGGCUCAGCGGUGGAUGCAGCUGGGGAGCAGCUGUAUGGGGAGGUCCUCAAUAACAUGAGCUUUAGUGACCGUCUUGCACGAAUCAACGCACUCAAGGACAGAAUGUAUGGUUUCCCAUCUGGCUUCACUGAUGUCCGCCGUGAUGCCAGUGAGCUCAUCGCACUGGUGAGAUCCAGCGUAGGUCGGUGUGACCGUGGAGCCCAGAUGCCGAUCCAGGAUGUAUCCCAGUACAAGCAGCUCCUCUCUGUCGAGUCAAAAGAGUUAGGCAGGGCAUGCCGGAGGAUGGCACAGGCUCAUGGUAGUCCUGAGGAGAUGCUGCUGGCUGUAACUUGUAGCUUCCAGGUGCUGUGCUGUCUCUGUGAAGCCUGUAUGUGUCUGGUUAAGGGGCUAGGAGCCUCAGCCUCACACCAACAGAGAGAGGUUGUGGCAAAAGUCGAUGAGGUUGUUAUGAACUAUAUCUGCUUGCUCAAGGCGGCUGAGGCCGCCACCGUGGGAGCACCGGGGGAGCACAGCGUGAAAGCCCUGGUCCGCCACUCCAGUACCAUGUCGGCCAUUGCUAACGCACUCACUCGCUCCCUUAAAACGCUGCUUAGCAAGUAG